AUGCCUGCCAUGCCAAAGCUCCUCGUCAAAUUGGCCCUCCUCGCCGCAGCCGUGGCCGUCAUCAUGGUCCUCAAAAAGAACGACUUUUUCGAUGCCGGUUGCCUGGAUGACUUCGCUGCCCCAUUGUUUAAGAUUAUCGACGUCUUGAAGUACCUCCUGGAGGCCCUGGAGCUUCUAGAGAAGAUCUUCAAAACCGUCAACAACAACUCGGAGGGCGGCAAUGCCCAAUGGUAUCAGAAAGUCUUCCGAGUUCGAGGAGCAUUUUUUGUGUUCUCGAAUCGUGUGCGCAAAUUAUCGCGUGAAUAUGGGGUGUCUCGCAAAAAACUGUCCCGUCGGUGGCAUGGCUUACCCUCUCGCUCAACACGCCCACCUACGAGGCGCCUAUUAUCUCUAGAUCAAGAAAAGGCACUUAUUCUAUGGAUUGAGUAUCUAGAUAAUAUAGGUGCGCCUCCUACGAAUCAGCAAAUUGAAGAAAGUGCGAAUUAUUUGCUCGGCAAAGAUUUCAGUGGUCCAGGAGAGGCCCCUCGUGCCGGAAAAAAUUGGGUACACGAUUUUAUCAAGCGCCUGCCAAAACAAUAUGUACGAAUCGUUCAAAAGCCUCAAGAAAAGGAACGUACCGUUGCAGAGCAUUAUGGUGAGGUUGAGCGCUGGUUUAUUGACCUCGAGCUCGCUAUACAACAAUACAAAAUUCGCCCUCAAAAUCUGUGGAACUUCGACGAGACCGGAUUCAUUGUUGGACAAGGAAAAGAUGAAGCGGUGGUAACAGCAUAUCCAAAAACAUCAAAAAGGGUAUCUAGCCUGUCCUCUCGAGAAUCAAUUACUGUCAUUGAGGGUAUAAAUGCCGAAGGAAAGAUUAUACCACCUUUAUUGAUUCCAAAAGGCAAGGUCCAUUUGGAGGAAUGGUACCGGCAUAUAAAAGAUGACGACUGGCUAGUUGCACCUGCUUCGAAUGGAUUUAUCACAGAUGAGAUCGCAUUCGAAUGGCUUCAACACUUUGACCACUUCUCUAGGCCCGGGGCCUUCCCGGAUUGGCGGUUACUUCUUAUGGAUAAUCAUACAACUCAUCUUACUAUACAGUUCGUGCAAUAUUGUGAAAUUUGGCACAUUCGCCUAUUCCGAUUUCCGCCUCAUUCUACGCAUUUUUUACAACCGCUCGAUGGAGUGCCAUUUCAGCAAUAUAAACAUGUUCAUGGACGGGUUGUGAACAAGAUUGCACGCUUGGGUGGCUUCGAUUUUGAUAAAAACGACUUUUUUGAAGAAUUACGCGAUAUCCGGAUAAAGACAUUUACCACACGAACGAUUCGGCACGGCUGGAGAGAGCGAGGAAUUUGGCCUCUUAAUCCUCGGCUUAUACUUGAUAUGAUGCUUCAGCCAGAGGAAGCAUUUGAAGCACUUGUUGCUGAAGGGGAUGCACUAAAAAUAUAUGGCGAGGCGGAUGACACUAUUCCCAGCUCACCAACUACAAAAUCAAUAUCUCCACCAUCAACGGCCGUAAAACUACGUCGCUAUGUCAAUAAGAUUGAAAAAUCGAUUGACGGAAUAAAGGAUAUUCUUGACGAAGUAAGCCCGGGCCUUUCACGCCGUAUAAAAGUGGUUAAUCAAGGCAGUCUCACCUUGGCCGAAUUAGGCGAUCUACACCGUGAGAGCUUUGCCAAGGUUCGUGAUAUAGCAACGCGCAAGAAUCAAAAAACUACAAAGCGCCAAGUCAAAGCGAGUGGUGCACUCUAUGUAAAAGAUGCGAAUCGCCUCAUAAAACGCCGUCAUGAUGGGGAUUUGUUGAAAAUCUAUAAGAGCCAUGUCGUUGGCGUGCCGCAGCCGAUGGAAGAAGUGGCUUCAACAGAGCCUCAAAACAGCGGGUUUUUCUUUGAUACUCAGGGAGAUAGGUGAACAAUGCUUGUAUUUAACACCUGUCUAGUUUUUAUAUGCAAUUUAUAUGGCGUUGGUGGACUGU